UUCUUCCCCUUCUAUAUAAAAUGUUGAGAUUGGUGUUAUUGACGGCUUUUGUCGUUGUUGCUUUUGGAGAAAGUCCAAAUAUUCGCAUUCUUUAUCAAAGACAAGAAAUUGAUCCAAAUCAUAGUUACAAUUGGGCUUACGAAACUGAACAUGGAAUUAAAGCUAACGAAGAAGGUUCUUUGUAUACAGUAGCAAAUUCUCAACCUGAUGUAGAAAUCUUAAAAGCAGAAGGAGCUUAUAGUUACACAUCUCCAGAAGGAAAAGAAGUUCAAAUCACUUACGUUGCCGAUGAAAAUGGAUUUCAACCAGAAGGUGAUGUCAUUCCAAAAGUUCCAGAGUAUAUCUUAAGAGCAUUAGAAUAUCAACGUACUCAUUAAUAUUGUUUUUAUAUAUGUAAUGUUUAACAUAGUUUUAAGAUUGUUAUAAACUUUAAACCAAUACAAUUUUUCUUUGUUAAAUAAUUGUAGUUACAUAUCUUGGUUUGCUAGAAAGUUCCAUGUAAACGAGGAAAAUUCAUGCUGCUAAUACUAAUGAACUCUAUAAACCAUUAUCGUAGACAUUGAUCACUUUACAAUGGAGCUUCAUUUUAGGGCAACCAAAUUGGUGUAUAAUAAAUUACAAUUAAUAAUUUA